AGAGGGAGGAGGAGGAGGAUGAUGAUGAUGAUGGCGGAGCUGGCGCACGGACAGGGACAGGCCUCGGUAACAGCAGCGCCUCAGCCCAGCAUGAAGACAGACGGUUACGUGGACGUUUUGCACCGGGCGAGACAGAUUGCUGUUAAGAUGGCAGGAGAUCAGAUGACCCAUAUGAACCAUUCUUCUCCCGUUGUCGACCCAUCACUCUACGGAUAUGGAGGGCAGAAACGCUCCAUAGACGACGGAGUUGGGAGCCAGCUCAGUGCAAUGGUACAUUCAAGGGCUAUAAUAACAGAAGACUUCAAAGUGCCUGAUAAGAUGGUGGGCUUCAUAAUUGGACGAGGUGGUGAACAGAUUACUAGAAUCCAGUUGGAAUCAGGCUGCAAGAUCCAGAUUGCUUCCGACAGUGGAGGUAUGAUUGACCGGCCUUGCACCUUGACUGGGAGCCCAGAGAGCAUUGAGCAGGCGAAGAGACUGCUCAGUCAGAUUGUAGAGAGAUGUCGGAACGGGCCGGGCUUUCACAGCGACAUGGACAGCAACAGCACCAUCCAGGAGGUCCUGAUUCCUGCCAGCAAAGUAGGUCUGGUCAUCGGGAAAGGAGGAGAAACCAUCAAACAACUUCAGGAGAGAACAGGGGUAAAGAUGAUCAUGAUUCAGGACGGUCCCAUGCCCACUGGAGCUGACAAGCCCCUGAGAAUCACCGGUGAUCCCUAUAAAGUGCAGCAAGCACGGGAGCUUGUAGCAGAGAUUAUCCGGGAUAAGGACCAGGGAGACUUCAGGGCCGGCCGGGGAGACUUCGGCUCUAGACUGGGAGGAAGCAGCCUGGAAGUGGCAGUGCCGAGGUUCGCUGUCGGCAUCGUCAUCGGCAGGAAUGGAGAGAUGAUCAAGAAGAUCCAGAAUGACGCCGGUGUGAGGAUCCAGUUUAAACAAGAUGAUAACCUCAGCCCUGAGCGCAUUGCUCAGGUGAUGGGUCAGCCCGAGCGAUGUCAGCAUGCAGUUCACCUCAUCAACGAGCUAGUCCAAACAGCACAGGAGCGUGAUGGAUUUGGUGGUGCGUUGGGGGCUCGUGGCCGGGGUCGAAGCCGUUCUGACUGGAACAUGGGGGCUCCUGGAGGACUACAGGAAGUGACCUACACAAUACCAGCAGACAAGUGUGGCCUUGUGAUUGGAAAAGGUGGAGAGACCAUUAAGAACAUCAACCAGCAGUCUGGAGCUCACGUCGAGUUGCAGAGAAACCCUCCUCCUAACACCGACCCCAAUGUGCGGGUUUUCUCCAUCAGAGGCACCCCGCAGCAGAUGGAGAUGGCCAGGCAGCUGAUUGAUGACAAGAUUGGGGCCUCUGGAAUUGGGGGUGGCAGCAGCUUCAACCUCAGUCCUUUUACCCAAGCACCAGCCAACCCACACCAGAAUGGACCGCAGACUUUCAUGACCGGAGGUUGGGGUGCUACAUACCAGACAUGGCAGCCUCAGGGCCAGCAGGACCCCAGUCACAAUGGAUCACAGGCAGGGCAGAUGGAUCUUUCCAAAGCAUGGGAGCAGUAUUAUAAGAAGCUAGAUCAGGGUGCAGGUCCUGGCUCUCAGCAGAGCUCCACUCCGGACUACAGUGCUGCCUGGAUGGAAUAUUACAGACAGCAGGGGGCUUAUUAUGGCCAGGGGCAGCAGCACUCGCAGGGUCCAGGCCUUCAGGAUCAUUAGAGCGGAAACAUUUUAGUUGAAGAUUUUUGAAUGAUGGAGAAGAUAAAACAAACCUUUUGUAACAGGUUUCUAGAUUUGCAACGCCUUGAAGACUUUUACUUUGUUUUUUUCUUAGUGAGAAACACUAGCUGUAGAAUGACUUAUACGAUUAAAAGUGAGAACUAUUUCUAAAUCAGGAAGGUAAAAAUUGUUACUAAAUACUUGUGUACACCAUUAUUUGAAAGAACAAUUUCCGGGAUCCUUUUUGGACAACAGAAGCUGUUUUUGUUUUUCUCUGUUCUUACUUUUUAAUUCAAGUGAAACGGCCAAAACGAACCCCGGAAUUGUGACACUUCACCAAUUGCAAUAUAAUCUAUUUUUUUCUAGUUCUGUUGCAAUAAAUCGUAAUAACCGGGCUUAGCAGUCUUGACAACAUUAUCGUUUUGUUCUCGUCAUAAAAUAAAAUGUUUUAAGAAUGUGUAAAAUGCUUCUUUUUUUUUUUUUUUCCUUUUUCUUUUUACAUAAAGCAAUUUUAAUUCAGUGUGAUAAACUGUGAUAUUUUGUUACAGGAAACAAUGUGCUCUUUUGUUACAUGAUGAUGAUGUUGGCAAAUAGCAGUCAAUUCCUAAUUUAAUUCCUCUUGUGUUUUUUGUAUUCUGUUUUUCAUUUUGUUUGUCAUUUUAUUGUACUCUGGUUUAAAAAGGUGCAAUAUCUUAUUUCAUAUUUGAAACAAAGAUGGAUUUCUCUAAUAUUUUGACAGAUGUUUAAUGUGUAGCUCUUAGAUUUAUUUUUUUAGGCAUAUGGAAAUUUUUUAUAACCUUGAUCUGAUAUUGGGGGGGUCUUUGCAUUUUGUGAGUUUAUUGCCUUUUGCUAUCGUGUAAAACUAUGUAUGUACACUCAGAUGCUUGACUAAAUACUUUAUUUAAAUAUAUAUAUAUAAUUAAAUCAAAGUUUUCUUUUUCUUCAUGGACUCAUGUUGCAGGAAAACUGUCCCUCUCUUCUGUUGUUUUCAUACUGAAAUUGUCUCAAAGAUUGUGAAUGUGUAAUAAUUUGAAAUUUGAUGUUGCAUCUUUAUGUUUAUGGACAAAAAAUGAGAGCUGAUGGGUUUUUUAUGUAUGUUCUGUACUUAACCGAUCCAAGACUGCUAAGCCCCCCAGAUACUAUCCGUGUAUUAAUUGUAGUUUUUUUUAUAUUCUAAGUAUUAAGAUCAAAAUUGUCUUAUUUGGUACCAACUGGCUCCCUGAUGCCCCCACCAGUACACACUGUGGACUCGUGUUCAGUCCAAUUGCUAAUGACGUUUUAAGUAAUUAUUUUUUUUCUUUCUGCUUUGUGUGAUCUAAUAUAUGUAUGGAUGAUUAGUUACAAAUCGAAUCUAGUAUUAACUUCAUCGCGUAAUGAAAAGGGAUAUUAUAAUUUCAGAUGUUUAAUUUUAGUGUUUUUUUCCUCUUUUCCCUCAUGUACAGGUAACCAUGUAUUAAAAACAUCAAAAGACUA